AAUAGUCGGCGAGCUCUGCGAUUCAAGCCUCGCUGCGGGUUUUUGUCGACCAAUAGCGGAGCUGGUUUGCUGCCGUGCGUGUCAGCGUGGUUGCUGUGGAGGGUGAAGGUCGCGCAGUUCGCUCAUGGCUGACUUUGAUUCCGAUGUGGACCUGUCUGGGGUCGCCAGCCCGGCCGAGGCGGCGGAGUUACGGAGGAUGAUUGCGGUGGAGCAGCAGAAGGCGCAGUUCACAGCCCAGGUGAGAUAGAGGACAUUGCUGGUAGCCAUGGUAACAGGCUGACUACAUCUCCCAUCAUGCAGCAUGAAGGUGCUGAACGUUCCCCAUAGAGAAGCAUUGAUUUAGCGCAGCUCUAUGAGGAGAUGCUGAUUUGUACAACGUUUUGCAGCCAAUCCUAUGGCAAAACAUCAUCGACCUCGAUAAUCUCAGCCAUAGAGGCAGGGACCAGUCAGGGGAGACCAGCACGGCAUGGGGAAAAAAGGGGAGUAAAAAUACCACUGCCUUGCGAAUGAUGGGGCCUGGUCACCUAAACAUAACCAUGACAGGCAGACACACACAUAGAAACAUAGAAUGUGACGGCAGAUAAGAACCAUUCGGCCCAUCUAGUCUGCCCAAUUUUCUAAAUACUUUCAUUAGUCCCUAGUCUUAUCUUAUAGUUAGAUAGCCUUAUGCCUAUCCCACGCAUGCUUAAACUCCUUUUACUGUGGCACCCUACCACUUCAGCUGGAAGGUUGGUUCCAUGACGGACAGACAAAGCAAGCAUACCAGGACAGACGGGAUAGACAAUGCUAAGCAUACCAUAGGGCGAUACAGACAGACACGCUAGCAUACCAGGGCGGGAUACAGACAGACACGCUAAGCAUGGCCUAGGCGACAGACAGACACGCUAGCAUACCAGGGCGGACAGACAGACACGCUAGCACAUACUCAGGGCGGACAGACAGACACGCAAGCAUGCCUAGGAUGACAGACAGACACUAGGGCAUACCUAGGAAGUGAUGUGACAGACACGCUAGUUAUUACCCAGGGAAGGACAGACAGACAGACAAUGCUAGCAUACCAGGGCCAGGAUAGACAGGACAGACACUAGCAUACCAGGGCGGAUAGACAGACAGACACGCAAGCAUACUAGGGCGGAUAGAUAGACAGACACGCAAGCAUACCAUAGGCGAUAGAUGACAGACACGCUAGCAUACCAGGGGCGCGGACAGACAGACAGACACGCAAGCAUACCAGACAGCGCAUACAGCGCGGACAGACAGACAGACACGCAAGCAUACCAGCGCGGACAGACAGACAGACACGCAAGCAUACCAGGGCGGACAGACAGACAGACACGCAAGCAUACCAGGGCGGACAGACAGACAGACACGCAAGCAUACCAGGGCGGACAGACAGACAGACACGCAAGCAUACCAGGGCGGACAGACAGACAGACACGCAAGCAUACCAGGACGGACAGACAGACAGACACGCAAGCAUACCAGGACAGACAGACAGACAGACACGCAAGCAUACCAGGACAGACAGACAGACACGCAAGCAUACCACGACAGACAGACAGACACGCAUGCAUACCACGACAGACAGACACGCAUGCAUACCACGACAGACAGACAGACACACAGAGUGAAUGCCAUCAGGAGCAUCUACCCGAUGUAGUGUUUUAGGGUAUUUUCUUUUGAAUGCAGUUGCUUACUUUUUUCAUACAUCAUGUUUUAAACCAGGGGUGCCCAAAAGUUAGAUCCCCAGAUUUUGUAGAACUACAACUCUCAUGAUUCUCAUCAGGCCCCUGCUCAAUGCAGCUGCUGUAGCCUUAAAUUUGAAAUUCACUUUGAAUUCUCACUUUAGUAAAUAAACACUACUUGAGUGAUGUGUAAGUUACGUUAUUGUAGGUUGUAAUGUUAACUGCCCAAUGCGGUUCUGAAGAUUAUAUUUUAAAGGGCACCCUUGCAUAGGUUUCCAAAAGCACAUCCUGUAGGGAGGCAGAAGUGCGUAGGAAUGUUUUUAUUUUAUGAUUAACAGGUUUUUAGACCAGGUAUAUAACACUGCCAUGCAACCAAUAAAACAUUAAAAUAGGCUUCUGGGAAGGGAAGUCAGAGUAAGAUGGCCCCCCAGGACCGCCGCAGGCCCCCCAGGGAAUGCCAUAACACUCACUGCACUCAUUAUGUACAUACACACUACACAAACACACUGCAUUCAUGAUAUACACACUGCAUCCUCAAUGCAAACACACACACACUGCAUUCACUAAUCAAAUACUCUCAUUUCAUCCACUACACACACAUAUAUUCUUGAAAACAUAAACAAUUCUGACUGGCAUGUAUAUUUUGUGCAUUUAAUAAAAACUUUUCAUAAUAAACGUGUUCAGUUAACAGUAGUUUUGUGUAGAAAUAGUUUAUUUUUUCAAAAUUGUAAAUGUACAGAGGAGUGGUAAGUUAUCGAUAUCGGCUCUAAAAAUCAAUAUUGGUCGAUCCCUACUACAUGGGGAUUUGGGAGAGAGCGCAGGUAACUUUUUUUUUUUUUUUUUUUGCUUCUUCUGAAAGCCAGAUUUGAAGUCUUUUUCCUUCAUUAAAGAAGUCAGUGGUAUAUUUAGAAUAGAAAAACACGUGAAGAAAAUGAAAUCUAUUUCUGAGCUAUACCACUAGCAAAAUGCAAAGAUGCAGCCACCAUAUUAUUUUUAACAGGUUGCUUUUAAAGGUAUCCACACAGCAGUUGUUUCUGUAGUUAAGAAGAUGGAUCUUUAAUAGCCUGUUAAAAUAAUGUUUUGAAAUGUUUCUUUGAAUGUAAAUAAAUAUAUAUAUUUUUCAGGUCCAUACCUUUAUGGAUGUGUGCUGGGACAAGUGCAUGGAUAAGCCUGGAACAAAGUUGGACUCACGGACUGAAAGCUGCUUGUCUAGCUGUGUGGACCGAUUUAUCGAUACGACCCUGACUAUCACCAACCGGUUUUCUCAAUUGGUACAGAAAGGAACACAUUAACAUAACUGGAGGGAACAAAGACUGUUUGAAACAACUUUUAUUCAACGUUCUCUGAAGCAGCUGCACAGCAUUUAUUUCAUAUGAGUGAAUACAUGUUUUGUAACAGCAGCACUGUCUGGCUCUGUAACAGCUGCUUUUGUGGAUUAUUAAAAUAUUCAUAAUCAACAUAUUUUGCCAUCUGGUUGUUAUCCAUUUGUGUGAUGUUGGUACAUCUGAAAGUGGGCAAACUAAAUAAGUUAAAAAACCAAAUGCAGUAUCUUAACAGUAGCUGGUGUACUGAAUUUUACACACACACACAAGGUUUCAUCAUUACUUUGAGUAUUG